CAUCUGUGGUUGCUAGGCAGCCAAAGUUGACUAAUGAAAUCGCGGAACAGCGCCGGGAAGCAGGUUUUCACCGCAACCGCAACGCGUCUCUAGUGACGGAGAGGUGGGAAAAGGCUGCGCUGGAGUAUAUCACGGUAUAAAUAUAUAUAUCAAGGUCAAUUCACCUGCACCCAAAUAAUGACUGCUGGCUCCAUAGCUGUACCUCAGAUUAUACCAUUACGUGUUCCUCUCCCUGGCAGAAGCAAAUAUGAGAUUGAUUCCAAUACGCCAAUUGAAAUAAAAUCGGAUUCUCCUGAAGUGACCAUUUACUUCACACUAGAUGGAAGCAAACCAGAACUGUAUAAGAAAGUUGGCUUCAGAGAGAAUAACACAUUAAAAUACAAAGGCCCCUUUAUGUUGCCGGAUGGCAAAAUAACUGUCAAAGCACUAGCUGUUAGUAGAGAUGGCCGAGAAAGUGGGACAGUAACAAAAGUGUUCAUAGUGGAAUACGUACAACCAGAAAUAGAUUCAUCUGAUGAAGACAAUGAUGAGAACUUCCUUAAAGAUCUCUCCAAGCAGGAUAUUGAAAACGGCUUUUCCUCUCUCAAAAGCCAAAAGAAGAAUGAAGCAGUGGAGAAAAUAUCUGCAUGGGAUGAAACAGUACAAACUAAUGGUCCUAAGGUAGAUGAAAGGAUUAACCGUAGGUCGUUCAAGGGUCCACGAUUUAUGAAUAGUCGCUUAGGAAAAUCAAGCCAAAUGGAGGAACCAAUAUCAGCUCCUCCGACCCAAAGAUCACAGCUGAAUAGCAAUGUGGAAGGGAUUGUUAGAAAGAGUCUGACAAGUACUCAGACAAUGAGAAUCCAGAGAGCAACUGAUUUCCUUAAGUGUCCUCACUGUUUGGCCAAUCGUCCAUCUGACCCAUUUGCCCAAUUUUGUCAAGAAUGCGGUGCUCCUGUUCCACCAGUACCAGGGCCCCGUGUGCCACCCCCUGAAGGAGCUCAGAUGGGUUUAUGUGUAGAAUGCAGGAGUAUGGUGCCAAUGAACACACCAUCUUGUAUCGUUUGUGAAGCACUGCUGCCACCACAGAUAAAGACACACGCCAAUAUCUUUAAGGACAAAACAAUCUGUCGUUUCUGUGGAACAGGAAAUCCCAUCAAUUUGAAAUACUGUGUGACUUGUGAGGCACGGCUACCAGAAACACAAACGGCAAUAUGGAGUGGAGAGUCUGCUCCUCCUCUUCCCAACAAAAUGGAAAAAAUGCAAUCUUGUUCUAAAUGUGGCCGUGUGAACCAUUCUGAUGCACGAUUUUGUGACUGGUGCGGAGCAAAGCCUAGUUCCUCGGAAAGUUACCUCACUUGCUCUAAAUGUCGUGCCAGCAAUCAUCCCUUCGCCAACUUCUGUGCCUCUUGCGGUGGUUACUUGGAGCCCCCAGCAAGAUACUCUCCACUGCAUAACAGGAUGUUAAGUUCUGGAGAACGCAAAGCAUUUUCAGAAGCUGAUAAUCGAGCUUCUUGGCAGCCUGUUACAGUUCCAUUGCCGAAGCCCAGGCUGGAAACAGAGAAAGAAGACAAAGGCACACAGACAGUUGGAUUAUUCUACCCAUCUGGCAAACUCAUGGAGAAAAAGGAGGUAGAAUUGGUGUUGGAAAAGGAAAAGAAGGAGAAGAUGAGUGAUAGGAAGCCUCUUGUCACAGCCAUCAGCCCAGGCAGAGGUUAUUGGAGGCAGCAGUUGGAUCAUAUUUGUGCUCAUCUGCGCUGCUACACUCAGAAUAAUACUGAAUUUAAAAGUUUAAUUGGAAAUCCUCGAAUGGGAAGGAUUAUUUCAGCAACAAUGCAUGAAGAUGAUUAUGAAGUCAGUAUAAGGUUAAAUUAUGUUCUGGUUACAGACAAGGAUGUUCUCACUGGAAAGCCAAUAAAACUUUCAGGCCCUCAGUUCCUGAGCUCCGUGAGAGAGGGAAGAAAUGACCAUUAUGAAAGUCCAUCAAGUGUGGCAAGUGAAGAUGGUCUUAGUGCCCGGAGCAAAAAUGGCAAAGCCAAAAGAACCAAGAAGAAGAACAGACCUGUGCUGCAGAAAGAAGACAGGCUUCCUCCUGAAGAUCGAAAACUCCUUAAAGAAGUUGGACCCAAGGGGGAAGGCAGUAUUUCAGUUGUAGAAGAGCUGCUAGAUGAGGGAGCUGACCCCAACUGCAGCAACAAUGAAGAUCGCCCUGUUCUGACAGUAGCAGUACUCAAUGGGCACGACAAAGUAAUACCAGUCCUUGUACAGAAAGGGGCUGAAAUUGAACAACAGUCUGGACCGCACAACAACACUGCUCUCCAUGAAGCUGUCAUGCUUGGUUUGGAUGGGAAGAAAUGUACAGAGGUGCUUCUGGGGUGCAACGCAAGUAUUAAAGUGAAGAAUGACAAGGGGGUGACAGCAUAUGAUCUAGCACUAAAGAAUGGAAACGAUCAAGUUGUGGCACUUUUCGCAUCAAAGCUGGGACAAGGAAUGCUGGACAAGCUCACCAAGCCUAAGAAUAUAAGUUUAGAGGUUUUCUAGACAGAACAGCCACCGUACAAUUAGAAGGUUUUUUUGUGUGGUUUUAUUAAAGAUGUUAAUUGUAAAGCAAUUAUAUUUAGCCGAGAUUUGGAAGAAAAGAUUGACAAUGAUAAAUGCUGACAAAUUUUGUUUUAGUUUGAAGCUGGUGCAGUGAUUACACAUCGGAAUAUAGUCCAUGUAUAGGCCCCAAUUGCCUACUCAAAACUAUUUCUCAUUAGGGUGUUUUUAUGAUCCAGCAUGAGGCCCACAGCCAAAAGUUCUGCACAAACUUAACAGUGAAACCCAAUAGGUGGGUUGAAAGCCAAACACUUGGAUCAGUCUCGUUGUGCACUGCUCAGGCAAAGAUUCACUUAUUCUGUGACUUGGCAAUGAUUGUAUCUCUAUGUCCAGUGCAAGUCAGCGAAUAGAGGAGUGAAGUGAGUUCUGGUGUCACACAUCCAUGUCUGAAAGCCUCUGAACAUGUUCAUGUCUUCUAUAGAAAGCUCAUCUGUACCUGUUUUACACUGAAGCCCCAGUUGUACUUAUGUUACAGAUAAGUCAUUUUUUAGAUAAAAGAAAAAACAUUUUAAGAUGACAGCCUUUAAUUUUAUACUGAGUUAUACAAUUUUCCUUUCUGAAGAUCACAUUUACACAAUUAAAGAUCUAUUUGUUGAUGCAGCCAUUCUGUAGAAUGUAUAAGCUACAGCAGUAAAUUCUAUUUCUUCACUUAA